UCGCGGGCCGGAGGGCCGGGCCGCCCGGUGGCGAGCGGGCAGAGUAUGCACAUUUCAUUAGAAGGUGAUGCUCGUUACUGGGAACCAUUGAUGAAGAAAUACAGAAAGAUUGUUGCUGUUAUAUUUUCUGAUGACUAGAAGCAGCUGAAGGACGUAGCACUGUACCAUGUUUCGCGAUGCCCUAGGAAAAACCUUUCGAUUUCUUGGGUAUACUGUGCAAUACGGCUGCAUAGCACAUUGUGCCUUUGAGUACCUUGGAGGAGUUGUUGUGUGUUCUGGACCUUCAAUGGAACCAACAAUUCAAAAUUCUGAUAUUGUCUUUUCGGAGAACCUUAGCCGACACUUUUAUUGCAUUCGAAAAGGAGAUAUUGUAAUUGCGAAAAGCCCUAAUGACCCCAAAUCAAAUAUCUGUAAAAGAGUAAUUGGCUUGGAAGGGGAUAAAGUCUGCACAAGCAACCCUUCAGAUUUCCUUAAGAGUCACAGCUAUGUGCCUAAAGGACAUGUUUGGUUAGAAGGUGAUAAUCUCAGGAAUUCUACUGAUUCCAGGUGCUAUGGACCUGUUCCUUAUGGACUGAUAAGAGGACGCAUUUGUUUUAAGAUAUGGCCUCUGAAUGACUUUGGAUUUCUACGUGCAAGCCCCAAUGGCCAUAGAUUUCUUGAUGAUUAAAAGAAUGAAGUUUCUAUUGCAAGCUUCCAUAUUAUUUUAUACUGAAAUAAAUUGAAUUAUUUUUGUUUAGAGUAGACACAA